AAGUAUAGCGCUCGGACCUCGGACGACUGCUUGGAAACAAUGAAAACCUAUUAGGAAUUAAAUGAUAUUUUUACAAAUAUCUGCCACUUCUCUUUACAUUUACUAAAGGUUUUAAAAUUUGCGUAUUCCUUACACAAUGUAGACAAUAUUUAAGGAUCGAGAACGUUCUAACGCCGUCAUAAUAAUAACUUGAAUGUGAACUCAGUAGUUUGUUUAUUUGCAAAACAAAGGGAAGCAUCAUGUGUGAUAUAAAACUGGAGCCCGAAGAUUUAGAAAUAUGCCGCGGCUGCCUCAGUUCAAAUAGAAGGCUCUCAUUUGUGGAAACCGCUGUGUAUCAAGCUCUUUUGAACGAAGAGCAAAUUCACGAAUUGGAUCUUACGGAACAUAUAGCUUUGUGUUGGGAGUGUAUGGCUGUGCUGCGCAAGAUAUGUGGGUUCCGGGCACAGGUGCAGAAAGCACACACGAUUCUGCAAGCCUCCUUACAAAUUUUACCAACAAAAGAUACUUUGUCUUCUCUUUCUUUCCAUCAAAACUUUGAAUAUGAUGCUGUUUUUGAAGAAAGCACACCACAUGAAUUACCAUUAGUUUAUGAAACACCGAGCUUGACUGUACACCGUGAUAAAGUUAUUAUACCCACAAAAUACAAAACUAAGCUAACAAAAACUGAAAUAACAAAUAUGAAAACUGUUAAAGUGGUUUUACACGAUAUUUUUAAAAAUAAUAUUAAAUCUGAACAUCCCAGUGAUGGUAGUGAUGAUAAUGAGAAUUUUGGAGCUGAUGAUAGCUACAGUUCGUCUGAAGAAAUUACAGAAACAAAAAGCGAUACCAGAGAAAUUUUAUCAGUAGUGAAACCAAAUUUACAAGAGGGACCAAAGAUAACUAAAGAAAUAAUGACAACUCCUGCAAUACUGAAACAGAGUCGGAAAUCACAAAAAUUAAUUGACACCAAACAGGUUGCACCAAAAAGGAGAAAAGUUGAUACAGCACAGAAUAUUUCCAUAAAAAUUGUAAAACACAAUUCAAUGGGUGAUAAAAACAAAUGUGAAAUUAAAGCAAUAAAAUCAGAAGUAGAAGACGAUGAUAUUUAUUUGGACGACGAAGAUGCUGAAUUAAAUUAUAGCGAAUUUGAAACAAAGGCAAGAAAAGAAAAGCAGUCAAAGUUACACACAGAUAUCAAAGUAAAUUGCGAUAAUGGACAGAAAAAAACACAAAGAAAGAGGAAAGAAGGUAUAAAAUUCAGGGUACUAAAGACUAGAUUUAGAAAGAUUGAACAGGUUUUGCCAUAUUUUCAAGAAAUCGAAAUGAAUGAGCAAGAUUUAAAGAGCACCUUAGAAAAAGAUGAUGCAAUUGUUGAUGAACGCAAAACCCAUAAAUGUAAUAUAUGCGGUAUGACAUAUCAGCUUCAGAUACACUUAAAUGGCCAUGCAUUACAAAGACAUAGAAAAACUCAUCGUGAAUACUUAAUCAAUGGAAUUUUCCACAACCCAGCCCUAGUAAUGCCCCAAAAGUCCGUAUGGCGUUGCGGCGUUUGCGCCAGAAUGAUGAGGCGAGAACAUAUAGUCGCACAUAUGAAUCAAUUCCAUUUACAUCGAUAUAUGUGCAAUGGGUGUGAUUGGAGCCUGAAGCCUUUUUGGAAAGUAGAGGAUCGCAGACGACACUGGAAAGAAAUUCACAAACAAUUUUUCUGUGACAUAUGCAAAACACGCAGGAGGUCAAAGAAGUUGAUGGAAUUUCAUAUUGAUGAAAUACAUGUGCCACCAAACCAACGCCAGUAUCGCCAGCACCAAUGCCCCCACUGCCCGAACACAUACCGAGACCGCAAGGCCCUGUUCGAGCACAACAGAGACGCCCACACGCCGCAGCAGCCGGUCGAGCUGCGGUACUGCGUAGCGUGUGACAUCACCUUUAAGGCUCCCUACUACUUCGGGGUUCACUUCCGUAAAUAUCAUUCAGGGAUACCCAAAAAGACAUUCCCGUGUCCACAUUGCAACAAGGUUCUGUCCAAGAAAAGCAAUCUCGAGGCUCACAUCAAUGUUUUUCACGGAGGCGUCACCAACCAUCGCUGUCAUAUCUGUGGCAGGUACAUGAGCUCAGGACAUGCUUUGAGACGACAUUUCGAUAUGCACAAUAAUAUUAAAAUACCGAACAGGAACACCCACCCGUGCACUAUAUGCGGCCGCAAGUUUUCAACCACCAGUCACGUACAGUUCCACAUGUACACGCACACAGGCGAACGACCGUACAAAUGCACAGAAUGCGAGUCCGCGUUCACGCAGCCCUACACGCUGCACAUGCACCUGGCCAAGCAGCAUAAUGUGGACGCCAAGGUGGCGUACGAUGGAACGGUUGUACCGGCGACGAAGACAAAAACUAUGCAGAACUAA